UUAAGUCGGAGAAUGAUUUCAACACACCGUAGACUUGUCAUCAAGGCAACGAUGUGUCACAGAGAAAAACACAAUAAUUUGAGAAUAAUACAACUUUUUUUUCUUCUUCUUAACAAUGAUUACAGUAGGUACACGUGGCACACCUCUUGUAUGCACAGCCUGCAGCUCCACAAAUGACAAUCUUUUUAGCUAUGAAGUUAUGAACAUGAUCAACCUCAAGGUUGCUCUGUUUAUAUCAUGAACAAUCUAAAAAGCGUAUUAACGGCAUUGUUUCACCAACUCGAUACAGGUUCGCACACGCAAUUUAUUUGAAUGCAGCUCAUUGCUGUAGACGUGCACGGACACAGCGUGAAACAAACAUUUACCUUCCGCUGUAACGUGGACAGGAAUAUAGGAUACUUCAUCGGACGUCAGAAGCUAUAGCUUGGAUUUAUCGUCGAUUGCGCUCUCGAUUUUCGGUGACAAAAAAGGCUCAUCGGAUCUUGGCACAUUUUGUAACAAGAUCGAUUCCAUCACGAUGGCAGUCUCUAAAGCGGCGAAGUCUUUCGCGGGCGACAGUCGACCUAGUGACUCCUCGUAGUCAAAUGUGUUAUCCCUACGGCAGCAUGAAGCGCACACGUAAUCGUUGACGUUACUUUCCAACGCGGACAACAUCGCAGUUGAGAGGUACUCGCAGUCUUUGUGGAAUUAUAACCAACACACAAAGCAGAAAACGCUUUCAUAACCGCAGCUCCGUAUGCAAACACCACAUGAAUACUUCGGUGCGUGCUUGAGUAUUCUCGAGGAAGAUACCAUGACGCAAACAUCGACGGUAUAACUAACUGUUGAAGAUACUAGGCAAGGACAGCUGAGACGCAAAGCAGAGUGUGACCUGUUUUACAGCCGUGAACGCAAAAACAAAGCAAUUAAACAUUAUCUACCGGUGUAUAAAUCAUUUGCCGAAAAUUAAACAAGCCUACGGUGUGCACAAGUCUUAACUGAUUAGUAAAAAUAUAUUAAUAUAUCCAGAUCAAUCUUCCGGUGUGUUUUAGUAGGACCCUUGGUUGGGACGGAUCUUCUCAAGCAUAGCAUCGCACCACUUGUUGCUUUCUCACCUCUGCGAGGUACAGCCUUCACGACCUCUUAUGUCUUUCUUGGUCUUCCGCCCUAGCAGAUUCCGUCCAUUUAGAUUGUUUGGCAUUUCUUUACGCAACUGUUAUCCUUAAAAUGUAUAUCAAGUUGCAUACAUGGUCCAACACUUAAUUUUCCUUUUAGUUAAUUUUUGCUGCAGUGUUCAUGCAUACUGAAUACAAAAUCAGAGAGUUGCACCUUAUCAUUCUACUAUAAAUGCAGCUAGCUUCUUUAACCAGUGCAACUGGGUUCUACAAACAGACCUGGCUUUCAACAAGCGAGCAGAUUCUGCGCGUGGUGCUGGUUCUCAUAUUUACGUCAAUUCAAGAAUGCAAAUGGAAAGAGAAAUUCGCAAGAUUUUAUGGCCCAAUAGAAACGUUCCUCAUUCUUUAACAGUUUGGUCAGUUUCGGUUAUAAGGUGAAAUGCUUAAACAGUAAGAGUAGAAAACAAAAAUAUCAGAAGUCAAUUGUAUAAUAAAAAGAACACAGAUUUAUAAUUAUUGCUUUCCAUACUUACUAUAUCAUGUGACACAACCUAAUGGUCACGUGGCCAGUCCCACUUAACAUGGCUAUCGUUUCUGUGUGAAUAGCAUUGUUAUUCACUUGAAUAAAGCUUCUGCCGGUAAAGAAUUUUGUACAACUAUAACUUUAUUUGGAUAAAUACUUUACUGUGGGACUUCGUUAUUUGGACUUGAUCAAAUACUUACCAAACUCAUAUGUAAUUCUCAUAGACAUUUACAAUAAUAUUUAAGAUUGAUUUGUAUUUCACAGAAAGCCAGAUGAAGAGAAACGUAAACAUAGUGACAAGGUAAACACUUUUUCUUCGUAGGGUGUGCCAGAAGCGAAGAAACCUCUCUAUUCCGACAAGGGAAAAUUAGUUUUACCUUAUCAAGCUUAACAAAUCUCUGAUUGACAGAUUAUCAGGAAUGAAAUAUUAACACUGUUGUUUUUGAAGGGAAGGAGAAAAUAAUAAUAAUAAUCAAAACAUUGAGUAAUUGAAUUCAUUUAAAAAACCCAUCAUUUCCAAGCUAGGGAAAAUGUCCCGUCGCUUCUUCAAUGGAAGUGGGUCAGCUCGGUACCAGCGGCUAAGUAAGUCUGAUGAUGGCUUUGUGGACAUGCAGUUUGAAAAGCCUCCACCAAAGAUUCCUUACAAGGCAAUAGCUUUGGCUACUGCCUUAUUUGCUGUUGGUACCCUUCUAAUCACUAUUGGUGCUUUGCUGUUAACAGGCCACAUUAGCAGUGAGUACUCUGACCGUACCUGGCCACUACUUAUCCUUGGUGCCCUUAUGUUCAUCCCUGGUUCCUACCAUGUCAUGAUAGCAUACUAUGCCUACAAAGGGUAUGAGGGCUAUUCUUUUGAGGACAUUCCAGAUUUUGAUUAACUGUAUUUGUAUCCUUGCCACUCAGCAUGCAGCUUUGCUACAAGCCAUAUGGUGGAUGUUCUUGCUAAGAAAUCUUAAGAAGCUUUGAUGUCAUAUAAACACUCUCAUUUCAUUUCAACAUUGAAAUGUUCCCAAAGUUAUACUUGGGUUAGUGGCAACAUGUGUCAGUCAAUGCUACAAAUAUUCUUUUCUACUCUAGGCACAGGGCCCUACAAAUAUUAAGUACAAGUAACUGUACCCAUCUAUUAUUGGUUAGGCUAAAAAUAUGUUGGCAGGCCAAACCAAAUAGCCUAAAAGUAUUAUUUGGUAAUAUUUAUGAAAUAUUUUCUUUUUUAAACAGUUUUUUUUUUCACAAUUUUGUCUGCACACAUGUGCCUUAUACCUGGUUCCAGUAAUGCUUCAGAGGUGGUUGGUAAAUUGUCAUUAUUUAUUUUUAAAUACCCUGGGGGAAAAAGAAAAGUAGCAAUAUUAACAGUCAAGAUAUAACUACACAACAAGAAGCAACAAUAACAUCAAUAACAGCUGCAGCAGCAAUAAUCAGCAACAACAAAAAUAACGUGAAAUGACUUGUAAAAGCAUUUAAAAAAAGGAAUAAAAAGACACAGCAACAACAGGAAGCAACUACUAACAUUGCUAGACCGCAACCGUAAUCAGUAUCAUCUAAGAAUUUAGUCAGUGUCUUUUAUUCUGAAAAAUAUAUUCUGACAGCAAAAUACGCAGAUAUUAAAAGAAAUAUUUUUACAGUAGGGUGAUAAAAAUAUGAGAACCCAGUUCUUCUACUCUCACAUUUUCAUUCUCACAUUUUCAUUAUAAUCACAUAGUUCACUUUAUUUAAAAUUUGAACAUGACUUACAUAGUCAGUUUCAGGUUAACUAAAAACAAAUUUUUUCUCAAAUAUUUCUAUAGAAAAGAGCUUUUUUCCUUUUAUUUUUUUUUACAUUUAGAUGAAGUGGUAAGCCUUGACAUUAGCAGAUCUUCCUAACAUAAUGAGGUUAAUGUGCUUCAGAUUGAACUUGAGUUGUCUGAUGACAGGGAAAACAUGUGUAAGGAGUCCUAAUUGGCUACAAUUCUAGGUGUGAAAGGUAGAGAAUGUAUGGGGUUUGGAAGGUGAAACAAAGUUGGGAUUACAAAGAAAGUUGCAGCAGAGAAAGGAAGCCGUAUGAGUGUAGACUAGUUGUUGUAGCAUGUUUUUGUUGUGUAGUAGCUCCAUCCCAGAUAUGUGAUCAGUUUUCAGAUGUAAGUCACACACCUGUUUUGUAAAGAGCCAUAGCUAUUCAGAUGUAGUAAGGAUUAAGGUUGCAAGACUAUUUCCUUAAUAUGCAUACGGAUUGCAUUUUGGUGACUAAGUUAUAUGCCUAUAAUCAUACAUGACAACCGAAUAUAAUCAUUUCUGAUCUGGCACAAUGUGUCUAAGUUGCAUAAGGAUGACACCUUUUCAAUAGGGAGUGAAGAAUGGUAUCAUCUAUUGUGAUAUCUGUGGAGAGCAACUGCAUACAUACAGAUGGUGCACUCUGGUCCCUCCUUGAGGAAAUCAAGGAACAGACAGCAACAAAGUGUACACAUUAGCCAACUGCCUUAUCAAUAACAUUGACAUGUUCUCAAGGGCCUGUAUACAAUAUUAGAUAGUAAAUGCAGUAAAUGUUUUGUCUUCUGCAUUUGAAAACUAUCGAGUGGCAUCAAGGAACAUGUGUAAACAAAUGUUUUAUACCAUACUGGCAACAUAGCAUAACAUUGGCAAUUUAAGAAUCAAGGAAGUUAUCUUCAUUAAUAAAGUGAAGUUGUCAAUCAACAACAGACAAAAGUAGCAUGAGAUAGGGUGGUCAUACACAUAUACACACAUUUCCGUGUGAUUGUUUUACAUGUUAGAUAUAGCAGUUAAAUCUUCUUCAAAUUACACACUAUCAUCUUCAAAAAGGAUGGAUAAUGGGAUGAAAAAUGAGAUGAUCAUAGGUCUGCUCUUUCAGGAAAAACCUUGAACUAAACAACAAUAAACAGGGAAAAAUAAAUUUUAUAAGAUAAACAAAACUGAAAUUGACAUCUGCUACUUUCCAAUAAACUACAUUACUAAGUAAAGUACAAUGCUGUUCCAUUGGAAUCACACUUUGCUCCAUAUUGGGAGAAAAUUCGUUGGUGAUGAGAAAUGGUAUUGGUUCUUAUCUACUGAGCUUUAAAAUUCAUGUGCGACUACACGAAACCUAAUUAAUCCUCCCCAGAGUUGCAACUCUUUGGAAUUCCUUCUUCACUCAAGUGGUUUUCCUGCCAGACUCUAACUUGUGGAGGUUGGAACUGAAGAUAAACUACAUUGAUCUCAUCUGGAAGGUCCAGAGCCAUGGGCAGUCUUCCUUCUUCAUUUGAUGAAACAAAAAUAUGUACAUAAACCUGUAAGGAAUGAUUAGUAGUUUAAUGGUCACUUAUUUGCGAUUAUGAAGGUGAAUAUGUUUCAUUCUCAUGUGCUGUCUUCUGACAUAAUCAUGUUGUAUUUAUUAUGACUCUGGUGUUAUUUGUAUGAGUGAAUGUGUGUAUGUACAUGGCACUUAUGUACAAAUCAUGGUAAGAUAUAAACCUUAUUUUUCUAUAACUGUAAUAAAUAUAUGAUUAUUGUA